GGCAUAACGGAGCGUGCGUGCUACGGUGGGGCGUGGCGUCGCGCAAGGAGGCGGGGCACGGCGUCGGGCGCAGGGGACGGCGCAGGGCGGGUGGUGUCGACGCCCGGCGGGAUGACGGUGACGGGCUGUCUGACCCGUUCCAAGGGAAGGAUGAAAUCUCUGCGCAGGCACGCGAUGUGAAUGGAAGAGGCCUGUCACGAUGCAAACAGUACGGCACUCUGAACACACACUAAAGACAGCUCUCAUCUCAAAGAACCCAGCGCUUGUGUCACAGUAUGAGAAGUUAGAUGCUGGGGAAAAGCGUCUGAUGGAGGAAGCCUUCCGGCCAGACAGUGAUCUCUUUGGACCCAUUACUUUGCAUUCACAGUCAGACUGGAUAACCUCCCAUCCUGAGGCUCCCCAAGACUUUGAAGAGUUUUUCAACGAUCCUUACAGAAAGACGCCUUCUCCACAGAAGCACAGUAUUUAUAUACAGUGCAUUGGAUUGCUAGGAAACACGAGAAGUAUCAGUGAAGAAUAUGUGAAAUGGCUCAAGGGCUACUGUGAAGCGUUUUUCUAUGGCUUGACGGUGAAACUCCUCGAACCGGUGCCUGUCUCUGCAACGAGGUGCUCCUUUAGAAUCAAUGAUAACACGCAGAACCUACAGAUUCACGCAGGGCAGAUCCUGAAGUUCUUAAAAAAGAAGAAACCUGAAGAUGCCUUUUGUGUUGUGGGAAUAACAAUGAUCGAUCUUUACCCAAGAGACUCCUGGAAUUUUGUCUUUGGACAGGCCUCUUUGACAGAUGGUGUGGGGAUAUUCAGCUUUGCCAGGUACGGCAGUGAUUUUUACAGCUCACACUACGAAGGCAAACUGAAGAAGCUGCAGAAGAAAUCUUCAAGUGACUACUCAGUUUUUGAUAAUUAUUACGUUCCUGAAGUGACUAGUGUUCUGCUGCUUCGGUCCUGUAAGACUUUAACCCAUGAGAUUGGACAUAUCUUUGGACUUCGGCACUGCCAGUGGCUCGCAUGCCUGAUGCAAGGCUCCAACCACUUGGAAGAAGCUGACCAGCGUCCCCUCGACCUUUGCCCUAUCUGUUUACGCAAGUUGCAGAGUGCUAUCGGCUUCCACCUUAAAGACAGAUACAAAGGGACACGGGUUCCAGCCCUGGCCCGGGAAGAUCCCACAUGCCGUGGAGCAACUAAGCCCGUGAGCCACAACUACUGAGCCUGCGCUCUAGAGCCUGCGCGCCUGCAGCCCGUGCUCCACAACAAGAGAAGCCACCGCAAUGAGAAGCCCAUGCACCACAAUGAAGAGUAGCCCCUGCUCGCCGCAACUAGAGAAAGCCUGCACACAGCAAUGAAGACCCAACACAGCCAUAAAUAAAUAAAUAAAUAAAUUUUUAAAAUAAUAAUAAUAAAUUUACAUUUAAAAAACCCCC